CCUGCUGGCGCUCGAGUUGGAAGAUCAGUCUUCUCACCAGCUCUCACUCCAGAUCCGCCCAGCUGCUAGGUCUCCGGCUUCAGCUUUGUGCAGAGGUAUAGACACGCUUAUCGUUCUCUCUGCCACUGAUCGCCGACCUCCAGUUUCCGCUCCUUUCUCUUGGAACCAUGUCUCCUGUAAGCAAGAAUGAGCACCACUGCAGUGCAGAGACCACUGCAGAUUACAGGGACUGCCGGGGUGAAAUGCAGGCUCCUAACGCCUCUGGGUCCCCCACCUUUAUGGUACUCCUCGACACCCCCCAGGGACCCAGCGACCCCCAGGUCCCAAUCGAACUUCAGGGUGCCAGUCCUUUUCAGGCCGCUCGGGGCCCAAACAACCUCGAUGUCCUGAUCGACGAGCAGUCCCGACGUUUGGGGGCGCUCAAGGUCCACGACCCUCUGGAAGACAGGUCGAUUGCUUUGGUGAAUUUCAUGCAAAUGAAAAGCCAAAUCGCGGGGUCCAUCCAGCAGACAGAGAUGCUGGAGUUCCUCAGAGAAUACUCAGAUCAGUUCCCUGAGAUCCUCAGACGAGCCUCUGCUCACCUGGAUCGAGUGUUUGGAUUGAAUCUUAGGGUUCUUGAUCCCCAGGCCCACACCUACAAUCUGAACAGCAAACAGGGUCCUCAGACCAUCCACCUGAAGGCAGAGUCCUUGGACAUGCCCAAGGCAGGUCUCUUGGCCCUUGUCCUGGGCCACAUCCUCCUGAAUGGCAACCGGGCAAGAGAGGCCUCCAUUUGGGACCUGCUGCUAAAGAUUGGUGUGUUGGAUGAUCCCCAGAGGAUCAACAACCUCUUGGUGAACACAAGGAACCUCCUCACUACUGACUUCGUGUGCAUGCAGUUCUUGGAGUACUGGCCAGUGUAUGGCACUAAUCCCCUCGAAUUUGAGUUCUUAUGGGGCUCUAGAGCCCACAGGGAAAUCACAAAGAUGGAAGCCCUGAAGUUUGUGGCAGAGGCCCAUGAUGAAGAACCCUGGAGCUGACCAGAGGAAUAUAACAAGGCCCUGGAGGCUGACAGGGCCAAAGAAAGAAGCCAGGCUGCUGGCUUAGAGUUCUGGUCAGAGGAUAUUAUGAAUGAUAAGGCAAAUGAUUUGGUCCAGUUGGCCAUUAAUGUCACCGAGGAGCUGCUCCCUAUACAUCAGGAUGAGCUAUUGGCUUACGCUGGCAAAGAAUUUGAGGACGUGUUCUCGAAUAUCCUCAGUCGAGCUACUCUAAUCCUUGACCUAUUCUAUGGGUUUUGUCUGAUUGAGGUUGAUACCAGUGAGCACAUCUACCUUCUCAUCCAACAACCAGAAUCAGAAGAAGAGCAAAUGAUGCUAGAGAGCCUGGGCAGACCCACUCAAGAAUAUGUGAUGCCAGUCCUGGGUUUAAUCUUUCUGAUGGGCAACCAUGUCAAAGAAGCCAACAUCUGGAACUUACUUCGGAGAUUUGGAGUAGAUGUAGGGAGAAAGCAUGCCAUCACCUGUAAGCUUAUGAGACAGCGUUACCUGGAAUGCAGGCCACUGUCCUAUUCUAAUCCAGUUGAAUAUGAGCUUCUGUGGGGUCCUCGAGCUCACCUUGAAACCACCAAAAUGAAAGCCUUGGAGUAUAUGGCCAGGCUUUACAGAAAGCGACCACAGGACUGGCCAGAGCAAUAUAGGGAGGCUGUUGAAGAUGAGGAGGCCAGAGCCACAUGUGAGGCAACUGCCAUGCUCUUCUUUGGUACCGUGUGAAGUACCUCUGAAGAGGAAGAUAUAUCUCUUCAUUUGGGUUGCAUUAGUAAAAAGGGCCCCAGGGAAAUGGGCACUGGGCCCCCAAUUCAGAAGUUGGGCAGCGGUGGGUUACGGAGUAUAUGUUGUGCUUGCUAUUUGUUCCAGUUCUAAUAAUAUUUCCUUCCUUUUAAUAUAUGGCUGGAUUAGGUUCAUGAUCAGUGUUUAUAAAUGAAAUCAUCUCUGUCUUGUUUCAGUAUAAAAGUUAAGAUGGCUGCAUAAAAUGUAUUGGUAAUAUUUACAUUUUGUUCUAUGAUGUGGUGGAGGGCAAAUGAGUUAAUUCAGUUUGUUCUUGACAUAUGUGUCAAACUGUUUCUUGGCAGCUUGAAUUAAUCAGUAAAAUGGCCUGCCUACAGGAGUUAAAUAACAAUACACACAGCAGAAACAAAUAAACACAAAACCACUGACCU